AUGACGAGUUUAUAUAAUGAUACAGAUUUUUAUUCGCAUUCAAGUAUUUCGUCUAAUGCAAGCCUUACUACCGCAACCCAAAGUUCUACUGUUUCAACUGCCACAACUUCUUCCCAUAUGCAGUCGACCCCACUUCGGUUGAGCAAAGAGUCCCUUAAUCAAGCCAGGGACCGCUUACUUGCAUUCCAAAAGGGGGAAAUGGAAGCGAACGAGGAUAUGAAGCCAAUAAUUAUCAAGAAAAAUGUGUCACUCAAAGCCUACAUCAAAUAUUGUGAAAUUGAGCGAAAGCUCCCUGUUAGGAUUCGUUUGGUUGAAGGAAAAAUUAUAGCUCAUGAAUUACCUCUCACGUCCCAUGCAACAGUAUCAUGGAGAAUUGGAUUCUUGAUAUGUACCUGGAAUAAUCAACUACGUGGUGCACAAGAGGAGGAUCUUAUUGUGGGACCGAAUAGUUACUAUACUGCUGAUCUUACCAUCCGACCACGAGGACGUCCUAGACCUAUACCUGGCCAGGGAUCUAAUUCAGAAGGGAGACCAUAUCCAACGCUGGUUGUUGAAGUUGGCAACAGCGAGUCUGUUCCUAGUUUACAUGAUCUCUCGACAGGUUACUUUUCUCCACGAACGACUAUUCAAAUUUAUCUUGCAAUCAAAAUAUUUCCCAUUCGUCAAGAUGGCACAAGGGCAAUGCUUGCACUGCGCUACCUACGUACAAAUCAAAUUAAUACGGUGCCGGACAUCAUCAUAUCUUUUGGUACGGCGCCUCUCCAUCCUAAUACAAUAGGAUUUCUUAUGAAUAUUGGUGUUCCACUUGCUAACAUCGUUGGCGUCAAUACCUCUGGAAUUCCGAUUUAUCAAUUGCAUAUUCCUGCCAUUGAACUUUUUAAUGGUGCCUUUGGAGGCAUCCCUGCUGGGGCAGUUAAUGGGUUUUAUUUGGAUUUAUGGGAAUUACAAAAUAUAGUAUUGAAUGAUUUUUAG